ACUAUAGUUGUACAAACCAAUGAAAUAGCAAUAAAUAAAUAAAAUAAAAUUAAAAAAAGAAAACCUAAUUAGGAUUUGGGGCUAACUGAUUAAUGGUGAAAGAGUUUGAGCUAACUGGAUUCGAUUUGACAGAGAUCUGUACUUGGAAGACCUAUACAAGACAGAACCAGAGAGCUGUACUGUACUAGAUUCUUUAUUAAUGGCAGAACCCUUUCUUGAUCAAUGAAAUGUUUUUAUGAUAUAUCAUAAAAAAGCAACAAUGGAGCAUUCAUCAGCUAUGAAAUUUCCAGUUAAUCCUGAAGAUUAUAAGCUGUAUGAAGAAGUGGGUCAAGGUGUUAGUGCCACUGUGUAUAGAGCUCUCUGUGUCCCAUUGAAUGAGAUUGUUGCUAUCAAAAUUUUGGACUUGGAAAAGUGCAACAGUGACUUGGAUGUCAUUCGUCGCGAAUCCCAAACUAUGAGCUUGCUCGAUCAUCCAAAUCUACUGAAAGCACACUGCUCUUUCACAGCUGGUGCUAGUCUUUGGAUUGUGACUCCAUAUAUGGCCAGUGGAUCAUGUGUUCACAUAAUGAAAUCUGUUCAACCAAAUGGUUUUGAUCAGCCUAUUAUCGCCACGUUGUUACUUGGAGUUCUCAAAGCUCUUGCCUAUUUACAUUCACAUGGACUCAUUCAUAGAGAUGUUAAGGCUGGGAAUAUAUUGAUCGAUGCAAAGGGAUCAGUUAAGCUAGCAGACUUUGGUGUUUCAGCAAGUUUGUUUGAUAAUGGUGAUAGACGGCAUGCAAGAAAUACUUUUGUUGGAACACCAUGCUGGAUGGCUCCUGAAGUUAUGCAGCAAUUGCAUGGAUAUGAUUUUAAAGCAGACAUUUGGUCAUUCGGAAUAACAGCUCUUGAACUUGCUCAUGGUCAUGCUCCACUGUCCAAUUAUCCACCAAUGAAGGUUUUACUGAUGACCCUUCAAAAUGGACCACCUGGCCUUGAUUAUGAAAGGGACAAGAAGUUUUCAAGUUCCUUUAGAGAGAUGGUAACUGCGUGCUUAUUAAAGGAUCCAAAGAAGCGUCCAACAUCAGAGAAACUUUUAAAUUAUCGUUUCUUCAAACAGGCACGUUCAAGAGAGUAUGUAGCUCAGACCAUUCUUCAUGGCCUUCCUCCACUUGGUGAUCGGUUUAGGAUGGUGAAGGAAAAUGAGGCUGCUCUUCUUGCACAAAAAAAGGCUAUGGUUGGAGAUGAGCAGCAAGAGUAUAUACGGGCAAUCAGUGCGUGGAAUUUCGAUUUGAAUGAUAUGAAAAAACAGGCCGCUCUUAUUGAGGAUGAUGAUUUUAUUUCCAGUGCUGAAAAUCACGAGUGUAUAAGCAAACAGAAGGCUGAAUAUGAUAAAUUAGUUCUUCAAGAAGAGACAAAGCUUAUGGAAAGUUCAAAUCAUUUCAAUUCUGAAAAAUCUGGACAAUUCAAGAAGGACGAGUGCAGUGAUCUUAGGAAUCUUGAUGGUUCACCCGCUUCAUCUCCCGUAUCCUUGCAGGCACACAAAGAGCACUGUACACAUCAUCUUGAGAAAGAUAACAGAGAGAAUGUGUCAGAUAAAUUGGCCUCCCCAUCCAAGGGGCAGUUUGCUGAAAACAAGAGUUCCAUUCCUAAGGACAGUAAUUCGGAUAGAUUUGUCAGCACAUGUUCUGAAAAACCUACAUCUUCUACAUCAGUUACAACUGCUUCAAUCCUUCCCUCACUACAACAUCUCUUGCAGCAAAAUGCAUUACAAAGGGAACUAAUAUUGAGAUCUAUUAACUUUGUACAACAACAAAUUGCUGUGAAAGGUAGAAGCAGAGAGUUGGCGGAACCAGUAGGCAACAAUGAGCUCAAUCAGAGGUUUGUUACUAACAGCAGAGAGAGAGCCCUCGAAACUCAAGUACUGUUAUUGGAACAAAACAAUGAGAGACUAGUUAAAGAGUUGCAGAUGCAAAAAAUGGAGAGCCUCAAGCUGGAGAAGCAAAUAAAGACUUUUAACAAGUAAAGUAGGAGCUGCAGAUAUGGGUUUUACUCUUUUCUUUUUCACUGGGAUAAGGUAUUACUUAGACCUGCAUAUAUUAACACUUCACUUUUUUUUGGUUGUGCCAUACGUAAAUGUGUAGUUCUUGAUAUUUGUCUCUUGUAAAUAACAUUUUGUAUCCACAUACAUAACAUUAUUUAGUCUCUUUAGAGAUUUUUUAUUUUUCUGGACACAAGUCCUUUUCUUUUA